GACUCCCCAGGCGUGCUCAGAGGACGGGAUGGCCCAGAGAACCUUUUUCAGGCUUCUGUCGGGGCUGAAGCGCGACGUGCCCAAAGGAAGCGACGAAAGGAGCCUUCAGGUUGGCGGAGCUCUGAGCGGGAGCCAACGAGAUCUAAUAAAAUCGCUUCAGAAGGAGCCAGGAAGUUCCGUCGAGGUGAUGGAACGGUUUCUCUAGUUCUUUUUAUCUCUAUAGACUCCUCUCUAGGGUGGAAGGCGCACUCGCGGUGCCUGAUGGGAAAGCAGAGGCUCCCUUCCUGUGUCUCCGGCUGUCAUGGCGGCGUCCUGGCCAUUGGGGACCUUGGCCUUUUCCUUGUUGCUUUGUCUCCUCCCGUUUCCUCCCGUCGGCGCCGUUUACGAGGACCAAGUGGGCAAGUUUGACUGGAGACAACAGUAUGUUGGGAAGCUCAAGUUUGCUUCCUUGGAGGCCACCCAAGGCUCCAAGAAACUUAUUGUGGCCACGGAGAAGAACGUGGUGGCAGCUUUGAAUUCCAGGACAGGUGAAAUCUUGUGGCGCCAUGUGGACAAAGGCAGUCCGGAAGGGGCGGUUGACGCCAUGCUGAUCCAUGGGCAAGAUGCCAUCACAGUUUCCAGCGGAGGCCGCAUCCUGCGUUCCUGGGAGACCAACGUUGGAGGCUUGAACUGGGAGAUUUCGAUGGAUGUUGGCAGUUUUCAGAUGGCUAGUUUGGUGGGGCUGCAGGAUGCUGUGAAGUAUGUGGCAGUACUGAAGAAAGGGGCACUCUUUCUCCACUACCUCUCCAAUGGUCACCAGAAAUGGGUGGAGCCAUUGCCAGAAAGUGAGGCUGUCCAAUAUCAGCUGGUCUACUCCCACGGAACAGGGGUGGUGCACGUCCUUGGGGUCGCUCCCCAAAGCCACCUGAACAUCCUCACCUUCAGCAUAGAAGAUGGAGAGAUGACAAAACAGGUUAGGGUGGCAGCCUCCUGGGUGAAGAGCCUGAGCCAGACCUGCGGUGUGGUUGGAGACGCCAUGCUUGUGUGUGUGGACGCAGCCACGCACUCGCUUUACACCUUGGCAGUGGGCGCUGAUGAAGAGAUGAAGCAGGUCCUGUUGCAGCCCCUCGGCCUGGAAUUUGAAGACGGCUUCAGGCCCCAAGUCCUGUCCUCCCAGCCCAAUCCGGCCGGAGCGUCCCGCUCCCAGUUCUUCCUCCGCCUCUCCCCGAGUCGCUUCGUGCUCCUGCAGUAUCGGAACGGCUUGCUGAGCCUUCUCCGGGAUUUCCCACAGGCUGGCCUCGUGACCUUUGCCACCACGAAUGAGAAGACGGUAGCUGCUGUCCUCACCUGCAAGGGUGAAGUGAAAACAGGACAGCCCGAUGGAUCUCAGCCUGCCAGUUCAUUUGGACAAAACCAUAAACAGGGAUCCUUCUCCUGCCACAACCAGUCCUAUGCGAUUAACUUGUACUUGGCUGAAACAGGGCAGAGGCUGCUAGAUACCUCCAUCUCGGUCACUUUGGAGAAAAGCAGCACCACACCUGAACAGCUCAACCUGCAGGUCUUUUUGAAGAAAGACGAUUCCGUGGGCUACCGGGCUCUGGUGCAAACCGCCGACCACAUGCUCUUGUUCCUUCAGCAGCCAGGAAAAGUUAUGUGGAACAGAGAGGAGUCUUUGGCAGAAGUCGUCAGUCUGCAGAUGGUCGAUCUUCCCCUGACAGGCGCACAGGCAGAGCUGGAGGGUGAAUUCGGGAAGAAAGCAGAUGGCCUCCUCGGGAUGUUCCUCAAGCGCUUGUCCUCCCAGCUCAUCCUGCUGCAGGCCUGGACUGCUCACCUCUGGAAGAUGUUCUAUGACGCCCGAAAGCCCCGCAGCCAGAUCAAGAACGAGAUCAACGUGGACAACUUGGCCCGAGACGAGUUCAACCUCCAGAAGAUGAUCGUGGUGGUCACGGCCUCCGGGAAGCUCUUUGGCAUCGAGAGCCGCUCCGGGACGAUCCUGUGGAAACAGUACCUCCAGGACGUGAAGCCCGGCUCUUCCUUCAAGCUGGUGGUCCAGAGGACAACCGCUCACUUCCCCCACCCUCCGCAGUGCACGCUGCUUGUGAAGGACAAGGACACGGGCCUGAGCUCCCUCUACGUCUUCAACCCCAUCUUUGGGAGGUGGAGCCAGGUGUCCCCCCCGGUGCCGAAACGCUCCAUUCUCCAGUCUCUGCUGCUGCCCAUCAUGGACCAGGAUUACGCCAAAGUGCUGCUCCUGAUCGACGACGAAUACAAGGUGACGGUUUUCCCAGCAUCGAGAAAUGUCCUGCGCCAGCUGGAGGAAAUUGCCCCCUCCGUCUCGUUUUAUUUAGUGGAUUCAGAACAGGGCAAAUUGACUGGGCGAAGGCUGCGGAAGGAUCUGACAACCGAAGAGAGCUGGGAGAUCACCAUCCCUCCCGACGUGCAGCGGAUCAUGACCGUGAAGGGGAAACGCACCAAUGAGCACGUCCACUCUCAGGGCCGUGUGAUGGGAGACCGCAGUGUGCUGUACAAGUCUCUGAACCCGAACCUGCUGGCAGUGGUGACGGAGAGCACAGACACGCACCAGGAGCGCACCUUCAUCGGGAUCUACCUGAUCGACGGCGUCACCGGCCGGAUCAUCCACUCCUCCGUGCAGAAGAAGGCCAAGGGGCCCGUGCACAUCGUCCACUCGGAGAACUGGGUGGUGUACCAGUACUGGAACGCGAAGGCCCGCCGGAACGAGUUCACCGUCCUGGAGCUGUACGAAGGGACGGAGCAGUACAACGCCACGGCCUUCAGCUCCCUCGACCGCCCGCUCUUGCCUCAGGUCCUCCAGCAGGCCUACAUCUUCCCGUCCGCCAUCAGCGCCAUGGAGGUCACCAUCACCGAACGGGGCAUCACCAGCCGCCAUCUGCUCAUUGGGCUUCCCUCUGGGGCGAUUCUUUCCCUCCCCAAGGCGCUGCUGGACCCACGGCGGCCGGAAAUCCCAACCGAGCAGACUAGGGAAGAAAACCUGAUCCCAUAUUCCCCAGACGUGCAGAUCCACGCGGAGAGGUUCAUCAACUACAACCAAACCAUCUCCCGAAUGAGGGGGAUUUAUACCGCCCCCUCGGGCCUCGAGUCGACGUGCCUGGUUGUAGCAUACGGCCUGGACAUCUACCAGACCCGCGUCUAUCCGUCCAAGCAGUUUGACGUCCUGAAAGACGACUACGACUACGUCUUGAUCAGCAGCGUCCUCUUCGGGCUGGUCUUUGCCACCAUGAUUACCAAGAGGCUGGCUCAGGUGAAGCUGCUGAACCGUGCCUGGCGGUAACCGGAGGAGCAAAGGCCGGCCGACUGGACUUGGAGGGCAAAGCGCGGCUUGUAGGGGGAAGGUCUGGCAGGGCUGUUGGCCAAAUAGGUGCUAUGGGUGAUCCCCUGAUGGAGGAGAGCACUGUAAGCCAUGGACUUCUUUUUUACUGGCUGUGCGUCUGCUGGAAAAGGAAAGCAGCAUCUCCCGUGGAAAGAGAGAAAUCUCAAGAACAAGCAUCCUCGCUGAAACUACAAGAGAAUGCGAAAUCUUAUUUUCCUCCUUGGGACUGUAAUGAAAGCUGCUCUGUGGAGAUACACUCCUACCCUUGGGGAGGAGGACGCCUUGUCUUAAAAUACUGUAAUGUGCCACCUCCAACCACACACCCCAAUCACCCUGAAGUAAGAUUCGGUAUCUGAAUCCUUACCCCAUGUAUCUGCACGGAUUGUGGUUAGAAAAGAUGGCAUUCCAGCGGGCGGUUUGCCUUUUCUCCACCCCACCACCCAUUUCUAGGAAAGCUUCUGGAAAUGUCAAGGAAGCGCUUGGAGCAAACUUGAUAAAUAUGUGGAAUGCAGGUAGGGAAAUGCGAGGAGAUGAAUGCUUUUAAAACCAGACAUGAAGAUAUUGGUCAAUAUUUAAUAUUUUGGGGGAAGGGGUUUAAGGCACAAAGCAACUUGUGGGUUCUGUUUCCAUUGCUGCACUGGAAGCUUCUCUUGUGUGGUUCUGUUGCCAACCUUGAUGCUUGGACACUUCCUGGGAUUUCCCCCCCUUCUUGGAUUCAACAAGCCUUUGCUUAUAAUUAAAUUAUUCUGAACGGUG